GUUAUUAUUUGGUUAUUAUUAUCUGGAAUUUUGAAUAAGGAAUAGUUACUUAUUUGACUACCGAGGAACAACAACAGACGGAGCCAUGAAUGUGGAUUCGAAAAACAGCGGGAGAACUGCGUGCAUCCAAGAUCCUGCGGUUGCCAAUGGGAUGCAUGGAGUUAUUACAUCACUCAACACCAUUAUGGUGUUCCCCCACAAGCCAGUUAAAAGAAAUAAUGUAGAAGCUGCACCCAGAGCUGGAGGGGCAGAGAUCAAGAUGCAUCAGGUCGAGUCCUUCUCUUGGCUGUUUGGUAGGCAGGCUAGGAAACUCAUCAAUGAAUCUGUGGGGACAUUCCUUUCCCUUCAGAAAACCAUGAAUGAAAGUGGACCUGAGCAACACGGGGCUACCCUAGUGAAGAAAUGCCGAGAGUACAGAUCAAUGAUCCAGGCCUGUGCUGAGGACACAGCCAUCCAGGCUCCCUUGAGCAAUGGUGAAGCCCCAAUGGACCAAGAUGAGAUUGAUUCCACUGGCCAGAUGCUCUACAAGAUGGAACUUAUUCUCAGCCUCAUUGAGAUUCUGUUCAUUGAUACAAAGCCAGGUAAAGCAAUCAUGGGCCAAUUGGUGAGCUGGAUCCGUCUUCACUUCACACAGUGCACAGAGAAGCGGAGGGAAGCUAUGGACUCCGAUCAUCCUCACCAGCACCCUGCCUACUGGGAAGCGGUAUAUGGUCUAGUGCUUCAGGGCCGUAUGGAUGAAACCCGAGAGAUGCUUUCUCACCACCCAAAUGCUGGUACCGAUCCCUUCCUCUCCAUUGAUGAACUACUGAGGAAAAUGCCAGUAUACCAGGUCUAUGGUGGCGUUUCGGAGGCAGAGUUCACUGUCAGAUGGCUACAUUGGCAGAGUGAGUGCGAGCGCCGCCUGCAAGAUGCUCACUUCAGUACCUGUCAUCAGCUUCAGACAGUUUGUCAGAUCCUCUGUGGGGACCAAGGUACCAUCAACAGCCUAAUUGACCUGAUGGACACCUGGUAUCACCUCAUGGUCUCAACUUUGCUAUUCACAACUCCAACAGUGAAGCUGUUCCGUCUCCAUAGUGCAGCACAGGAUGCCAUCACUUGCAUUGGUGGUGAGCAAAGAACUACAUCACUGGAUCAUGUUUUGUUGGCUGCCAUGGAACUUGAUAUUCUGCAGGUUAUCAAGGAGUGCCAGCAGGUCUUGGAUAAUAGUUGGUUUACUGCUCAUGUCACUGACCUCUUUUAUCAUACCAUUGGACUGAAAUUUGAGUUAAAGUUCCUGCCUGAACUACGUGAGUCCUUGUUACUGGACUAUGCAAGUAUGCUGGUUGGUCACAAUAGUCUUUGGCAGGUUGGACUUUUGUAUUUAGAUCAUUGUGGAUCAGCUGGAUUAGCCAUGGCACAGGCUGUUUUGCAAAGGAUUCCUCUCACAGAUGACUCAAGGGCAAUGAAGGUCAUACAGAUGGCUAGUGAUAGAGAUUUUGAUAAUGUUGUUGUAAGCACCUGCCGAGUGAUGGGACGUCGUGCUCUUUCCUUGGGACGGUUGGGUGCUGCUAUUUGGUGGGGCGUCCGGUCUAGAGAUGCGGCUUUCACAUCACAUCUUGCUCACCAGAUCUUGCACAAGUAUGUAGCUGAGGGGAAAUUUGAGUCAUCUCCCCUUCUUGAUCACUUGGGGCCUGCCAUGCUCCUUUCAGACACCCUGACUUUCCUUGGUAAAUACAGAGAGUUCCACACCCUGUACCAGGAUGGGAAGUUUCAGAAUGCAGCCACCUUGCUUGUAUCUUUGAUCUCCUCCAAGCUGGCUCCCGAGUACUUUUGGCCAGUCCUUCUUUUGGAUGCUUUACCUCUUCUGAAGAGUGAAGAACCUGUUAUUACUGCAGAACAGACCUAUGAGCUCAUGUACUGCUUACAUAAUCUUAGUAAUAACAUAAAUAAAAAGUGAGUAGUCUUUGGUGUU